CGCCUCCCGUGACGUUUUUCCUGCCGGCUGACCCCUGUGUGUUCUCGCACGCUGAGAAACAUGUCCUCCCCGCUGGGUUUGCCGCUGGGAGCCGAGCUGAGCGAGGUUCGAAACACGGAGCUUGAGGAGGAGGGAGAGGAGGAUGACGAGAUAGAUGAAACUUUGUCAGAGAGGUUAUGGGGCUUGACAGAAAUGUUUCCUGAUGGUCUUCGAACUGUGGCAGGUGUCGCUUGUGACUAUUCUGUUUGUGCGGCCAAGAAAUUUUACAGUUUUUCUCGCUCUGCACUAUGGAUAGGUACUACUUCAUUUAUGAUUCUGGUCUUGCCAGUGGUAUUUGAGACUGAGAAACUGCAGAUGGAGCAGCAGCAGCAGCUACAACAGAGACAAAUUCUACUUGGACCAUCAACGGGUAUGUCUGGUCCCCUUCCUCCACUCCCAGGAAAAGCAUAGUUCUUUCACAUACUAGUUGUUGCAAUUUCUUUUUUUUAUUAUAAUUUGCCUUGAUGGCUGAAGAAGGAAUGAUGGAAGACUAAUCGCCUUGGCCACCUAGCAUAUUCAGUGUUCUACAUGGAAUGAUCCACUUCUGAAGACAUAAGCGUUUAAGUAGUCUGUUACCAUGCUGCUUUAGUGACAAGUGAUUUUUUUUUUUUUUUUUAUAAAACACACUUAACCCUUGAAAGAUUGUUCUGUUGCACUUCAUAAUGAUUCCUUCAUUACUGGAUCUGAGAGAUGCGUGUUUAGAUAUUUGUAUUUAGCAAACAGUGAAUCGUGUGAUUAAGUUGACACUUAAAUAAAAACACAAUUGUAUUACUUUGUAGGUGCCUUUCAGCCAUGUAAGAACGUUUGUUUUGUUUUUUUCCCCCUCACACUUUUUUUGUUAAAGCAGAAUCACUGAGUACACUGCUUAUGCUCAUGAUGAUUUGCAGGUUUUCCUAGCGGUUACUGUGAUUAUAGUACCAUGGCAUCAAAGUACUAAAUAGCAAAACAUCACAAACAUUGUCAGUUGAUUUUUUUUUUUUUAUUAUUAAUGGAAAAACAUGAAUUUUUCAUGAGUACCAAUGAACAGGAUUGAAGCCCUAAUUCAAUUGCUAGAAAGCCCAAGUAUUUGGGGGCCUAUUAUGGUUAAAGGUUUUUUUUUUUUGUAAUGUUUUAACCACUUCAGUCUAAAGAGUUGGUUAUGACUUAGAGCUUUGUUGAUCUACUUGCAAAAUAAUUUUUAUUCUUUUCCUUUCAAAUAUUAAAAUGAUUUGAACUAA